CUUACAUCUGCUGUGCAUCAUCAGUCCGCGCCAGGGGCACUAUUGGCCCGCUACGGUCAACGAAGUGGCUGCUUUGUGGUAGCGGCAAUGAGUUGCGCUGGGGCGGCGGCGGCUCCCUUCCUUUGGCGGCUGCGGCCAGGUGCUCAGCGGUCCCUCUCAGCCUAUGGAAGAAUCGGUGUCAGAUAUCGCAGUUCAGGAAUGACCUUAGACAAUAUCAAUCGGGCAGCUGUGGAUCGAAUAAUCCGGGUGGAUCAUGCAGGCGAAUACGGAGCAAACCGCAUCUAUGCUGGGCAGAUGGUCGUCCUGGGUCGGACAAGUGUUGGGCCAGUCAUUCAGAAAAUGUGGGAUCAAGAAAAGGACCAUUUGAAAAAGUUCAAUGAGUUGAUGGUUACGUUCAGGGUCCGGCCGACAGUUCUGAUGCCCCUUUGGAAUGUGCUGGGGUUUGCACUAGGGGCGGGAACCGCCUUGCUUGGGAAGGAAGGUGCGAUGGCUUGCACUGUGGCGGUGGAAGAGAGCAUAGCACAUCACUACAACAACCAGAUCAGGACGUUGAUGGAGGAGGACCCUGAAAAAUACGAGGAACUUCUUCAGGUGAUUAAGAAAUUUCGAGAUGAAGAAAUUGAGCACCAUGACAUAGGCCUUGACAACGAUGCAGAAUUGGCUCCAGCAUAUGCCAUCCUGAAGAGUGUUAUCCAGGCUGGUUGCAAAGUGGCGAUAUAUUUAUCAGAAAGAUUGUAAAAUGUGUCCAGCUAUGCCUAUCUAUAAAAGAUGAUAAUUUACCAAGUGACAUUUGCAGAGAAACAAAUGUACAGGUAUCACUGUGCUUUUUUUUUUUUUUUUCUUAACAUAACAUGGAGUAUGAAUCACUGUACUUUUGUACAGUGUGAAUUUUGUUAAUAAAUUAUAAGGUGUCUUUUCUUUUUUUAAAUCAAUAAAACUCUCCAGUGUUGAUUUU